AUGCACUUCAUCGCUUCCGUCGCCGCCGUGCUCGGCAUGGCCGCCUCCGCCCAGGCGCACAUGGCCAUGACCAACCCGGCGCCCCUGCGCUCGCCCAAGAACAAGUUCUCGACCAACGUCGACUACGACAUGACCACCCCGCUCGCCGCCGACGGCAGCAACUUCCCCUGCCGCGGCUCCAUCAACCUCGUCGGCACCGCCCAGGGUGCCGCCGUCGCCGAGUGGGCCGCCGGCAGCAAGCAGAGCCUCAGCAUCGACGGCGGCGCCUGGCACAACGGCGGCAGCUGCCAGGCCUCGCUCUCCUACGACAAGGGCAAGACCUGGACCGUGAUCCACUCCUGGCUCGGCAGCUGCCCCGUCGGCCCGGGCUCCUCCAGCUACGACUUCUCCGUCCCCGCCGACGCCGCCGCCGGCGAGGCCGUCUUCGCCUGGUCCUGGUUCAACAAGGUCGGCAACCGCGAGAUGUACAUGAACUGCGCCGUCGUCAACAUCAAGGCCGGCUCCGGUGGCGGUGGUGGCCCCGCGUUCAGCAGCCGCCCGGCCAUGUUCGUCGCCAACGUCAACAACGGCUGCGGCACCACCGAGGGUACCGACCUCCAGUUCCCCAACCCCGGCCCCGACGUGACCACCAAGGCCGGCAAGUUCGGUCCCCCUACCGGCUCCUGCCCCGGCUCCACCGGUGGCGGCAGCCAGCAGCCUCCCGCCCAGGCUCCCGCUCCUCCCGCCUCCUCUUCCGCCGCCGCCGCUCCUCCUGCCUCCUCUGCCGCCCCUGCUCCCGCCGCUCCCUCCGCUCCCUCCUCCGCCGCCCCUGCUCCCGCCGCUCCCUCCGCUCCCUCCUCCGCCUCUCCCGCGCCCGUGCCCGCUCCUAGCAGCAGCAAGUCCGUUCCCGGCGGCGUCUUCAUCCCCACCUCCUCCGCCACCGGCCCCGGCGCCGUCCCGACCACCAUCCAGACGAGCAUCCGUCCCACCCAGAGCUCUCCCGCCGCCGCUCCUCCCGCCGGCACCAGCAGCGCUCCCGCCGGCGCCCAGCCCACCGGAGGCGCGGGCGGCUUCCCCGCCUACUCAAAGUGCGACGAGCUCGGCGCCUGGAACUGCAUCGGCGGCAACCAGUUCCAGCGCUGCGGUGCCGGCAACAUGUGGUCGCCCGCCCAGGGCCUCGCCGCCGGCACCUCUUGCAAGCCCGGCGUCGCCAAGGACAUUGUCUUCGCUUAG